UUGUUGUUGGAGAAAAGGAGAGAAAGGAAAGCGCGAGGAGACGCCGCCACCGCCACCAGCGCACUGUGCCAGAGCCGCGAGGAGACCGGCCGCCUGACUUCCCCCCUCGCUGGCCGCCGCGUCCUCGGAGUAAGGGCUGAGGACCAUGCUGAAGAUGUUUUGAAAGAGUUAUUUUCUUUAUGUGGAUUUGUUCCAACAGUCUGUUAAAACAUGGUGGAUUACUAUGAAGUGCUGGGCGUGCAGAGACAUGCCUCACCUGAGGACAUUAAAAAGGCGUAUCGAAAACAGGCACUCAAAUGGCACCCAGACAAAAAUCCUGAAAAUAAAGAAGAAGCGGAGCGGAAAUUCAAACAAGUAGCUGAGGCAUAUGAAGUGUUAUCGGAUGCUAAAAAGCGGGACAUCUAUGACAAAUAUGGCAAAGAAGGAUUAAAUGGUGGUGGAGGAGGAGGUGGAAGUCAUUUUGACAGUCCAUUUGAGUUUGGCUUCACAUUCCGGAACCCAGAUGAUGUCUUCAGGGAAUUUUUUGGUGGAAGGGACCCAUUUUCAUUUGACUUCUUUGAAGAUCCAUUUGAUGACUUUUUUGGAAACCGAAGGGGUCCCCGAGGAAGUAGAAGCCGAGGUGCUGGCUCCUUUUUCUCUGCCUUCAGUGGAUUUCCUUCUUUUGGAAGUGGAUUUCCUGCUUUUGAUACAGGCUUUACUCCAUUCGGGUCACUAGGUCAUGGGGGUCUCACUUCAUUUUCUUCAGCGUCAUUUGGCGGCAGUGGAAUGGGCAACUUCAAAUCAAUAUCAACUUCAACUAAAAUAGUUAAUGGCAAAAAAAUCACUACAAAGAGAAUUGUGGAGAACGGUCAGGAAAGAGUAGAAGUUGAAGAAGACGGACAGUUAAAGUCCCUGACGAUAAAUGGUGUGGCCGACGAGAACGCCCUUGCAGAAGAAUGCCGGCGGAGAGGCCAACCCACACCAGCUCUGGCCCCUGGCCCGGCCCCAGCACCAGCCCGGGUCCCCUCUCAGGCCCGACCCCCGACCCCAGCUCCCACCCCAGCUCCAGCCCAGACUCCAGCCCCUUCUGUCAGCACCCGCCCACAGAAGCCACCCAGGCCUGCCCCAACGGCCAAACUUGUGUCUAAAAGCAACUGGGAAGAUGAAGAGCAGGACAGGCAGCGGGUUCCUGGCAACUGUGAUGCCCCUAUGACCUCAGCAGGUGUGCAGAAGGGAGCUGGUGUGGAGCACCCCCAAAGUGUUUUGCCCCCAGAUCCAGGGCUCAAAGAAGGUGGCAAGAGGAAGAAGCAGAAGCAGAAAGAGGACUCGAAGAAGAAGAAGUCGACCAAAGGGAACCACUAGGCUGGACUUGGCGGCAGCCACAGCAGCCGCUCUCGUGUGUGUGUUGCACACGCGCACGGCAGCGGCAUCCUUUAAGUGCCGCCCAGGGUCACUUCGCUUAGCAGGAUUAUGGACAUGUGCCCACGGAUCGGUAGGAUUAGGGGCGUUGGAGACGGAGGCGACAAUCCUGGGUGGCCUGUAUAAGCUUGUGACACAGCCUCAGCCUUGUAACUCUGCUUUUCCCCCAACACCAAAUCCAUAGCGUUUUCCUCGAGUCUUAAGGGUCUGCCUCAUUGUUUUCAGCAGCCCAAGCCCUGCUUUGAGCUCUGAGGUAGUUGUAGUUGUAGGAGUCCAUAGGGUCCAGUAGGAGCUGGGUUUGUGUUCAUGACAGACUGCCUCCUGGUGGCGGUACAGUGCGCAGUUUUAAGUACAGUGGAACUUAUGGUAAAGUAAGCUGUGCCUUGAGCCAUGAGAUGCUUUUGAUUCAGGGUACUCUGGCAACGUACAGGCCAUCAGGAGCCACUUCAGAUGUAGAGUCUUUCCUUAUUUAUUGUUCAACUUUUAAUCUUCUCCAGGUAGUCAAAAAUUGACACCAAAUAUAGUUUAGUUUUUGGAAAAUCUCAUCGUCUUGGAGAAAUAUUUGUCCUUUUUCAGUCAAAAGGUUUUGCUUAGCAAUAGCAUUUCUAGUAAUGAUAGGUCAGUGUGCUACUGGCUAUUUACACAAACACACAAGCACACGGAGGUGUGUGCAAAAUAAUUAGCUCUGAAGCAGGAAGCUUGACCUCAGUUCUUUAAAUUGCAAAUAAUGGCCCCUUCACAAGCUUCAUCCGGUCCCAACCCAUGCCACGCUGUCACCUAACCUGUGGCUUGCACUGAGCACCAGGUAGUUCAGAUGCCAUCUCACUUCUGGGCUGCACGUGCCUCUUUGGGGCUGUGUUCCUUUCUUUUGGCCAUGAGGGUCUGUUGCUUGAACUUUGUCCCCUUGGCAGUGAGGAUUUUGUAAAGGGUGUUGGUGAGCUUGAGAUGGGUCCAGCAGCAUGGAAAGGGGAAGUUCUGUGAGUUAUGGGCACUGCUGUAGCUAGGAGCUGGGACAGGGUUACCUGGGUUUUGAAGAAGUAACCAUGAAGUGUUUGCUGUGUUUGCUUGGUUUUGGUGGGAGGAGGUGUGGGCACUUAUGGAGUGUGGAUUGGUAUUAAUGUGUGUUGUGGAAAUGUGACCCUCAAGGAGGAAUGUAUUUUAGUGCUACUGACGUAAAUAAAAUGUAAACGUCACUGA